ACCACUCAAAUCAAAAUCUCUCCACCACGCCAAAAACCAAACGAGCAGCGCCCCACUUUUCUCCGAUUCCUCCCAAAUCCCAGGCGUUCUAUCUCCAUCUGAAUACGGGUAGCGGGCAAAACAUUGAAUGGCGGCGGCGAUUGUGGAUGAGAAGUUCUGUUACGGCGAGGAGACGAGCCUGACGGUGAGGAAGACGUCGGUUUUCUUCCCAGGGGAUGGGUUCCUGGUUUACGACCCGAACGGGGAGGUUCUGUUUCGGUUCGAUUCUUAUGGGCCGGAGACCAAAGACGAGCUGGUUCUCAUGGACGCUUCCGGCAAGUGCCUCCUCACCCUCCGGCGCAAGAAGCCAAGUCUCCAUAACAGAUGGGAAGGCUUCCUCGGCGAGGGCGGAUCCAACCACGGCGCCUCCUCCGCCGUCGACGGCGAGUCAACGGCGACUGGCCCCAUCUUCACGGUGUUCAAGUCGAGCAUAAUCGGACAGUCCUCGCUGAUGGUAGAGCUCUACAACGAUUCGGGGGAAGAGUACCAAAUCGAAGGCUCCUACGUCCACAGAUCCUGCACCGUCUACUACUCCUCCGCCGCCGGUUCGACGGCCAAGGAGCCCGCGGCGGAGAUCAAGCGCAAGGUGGACCCCACCACCGGCGUCACGCUCGGCCGCGACGUGUUCUGGCUCUGCCUCAGGCCCGGCUUCGAUGGCGCCUUCGCCAUGGGGCUGGUCCUGGUCCUCGACCAGAUGACCGGCGACCGCCUCGCCGCCGUCGGCGAAGGCGGCGAGGAGGGUGGUGUU